AUGAGGAUCAUAGAGAUUGUGAUAGACGGCUUCAAAUCGUACGCCGUGCGUACGGUUAUUUCGGGAUGGGACGAAGCAUUCAACUCCAUUACCGGCUUGAACGGUAGUGGUAAAUCCAAUAUUCUCGAUGCCAUUUGUUUCGUUCUCGGUAUCACCAACAUGAGCACCGUCCGAGCGCAAAACCUUCAAGAUUUGAUCUACAAGCGUGGCCAAGCCGGCGUGACCAAGGCUAGUGUGACCAUUGUCUUCGAUAACCGCGAUACCUCCAAAUCACCGAUCGGCUUCGAAGAAUAUGGUAAUAUCUCCGUCACCCGCCAAAUUGUGCUGGGUGGAACUAGCAAAUACCUGAUCAAUGGACACCGCGCGCAACAGCAGACUGUCCAAAAUCUGUUCCAGAGUGUCCAGUUGAACAUCAACAACCCGAAUUUCCUUAUUAUGCAGGGUCGCAUCACCAAGGUGCUGAACAUGAAGGCGGUUGAAAUCCUGUCGAUGAUUGAGGAAGCGGCCGGCACACGAAUGUUCGAGGAUCGACGGGAGAAGGCUAUCAAAACCAUGAGCAAGAAGGAGCUGAAGCUGCGCGAAAUUGAGGAGCUCUUGAAGGAGGAGAUCGAGCCCAAGCUAGAGAAGCUCCGCUCCGAGAAACGUGCGUUCCUCGACUUCCAGCAAACACAAAACGAUCUGGAGCGUCUGACUCGACUUGUCGUUGCUCAUGACUACAUACGUGGAGGAGAGCGUUUGCGUGUUGCGGGCGAUGAAUGCAGCAGCAAGAAAGACAGAGUCCAGGCGUUGGAAGACAAUGCAGACAAGCUGAAAAGUGAAAUUUCGCACUUGGAGGAGGAUGUGAAGCGUGUCAAGUCCGCGCGUGAUAAGGAGCUCCGUAAGGGUGGCAAGUUCCAAGGCCUUGAGGACGAAGUCAAAAAUCACUCACAUGAGUUGGUUCGCCUGACGACUGUUUUUGACUUGAAGAACUCUAGUAUGGAUGAGGAGAAGGAGAAGAGAAAGGCUAUUAAAAAUUCCGUUCGCGACCUUGAGAAGACUCUGAAGGAAAAGAGCGCCAUCUACGAAAAAUUGCAGGUCCAGUAUGACGCUGCCAAGGCUGAGCUCGAUGCGCAAAACGUCGAGGUGGAGCAAAAGGAAGAAUUGCUUCAAACAUUGCAGACAGGUGUCGCUUCCAGGGAAGGUCAGGAGAGCGGCUACCAAGGACAAUUGCAAGAUGCCCGAAACCGCGUCAGCAACGCCUCUACAGAGCAAGAACAAGCGAAACUCAAGAUUACUCACCUUGAGAAGAGAAUCAAGGAGGAGGAACCCCGUGCCAAGAAGGCAAAGGAGCAGAACCAAGGUCUCCUGAAGGACCUGGAAGGCCUGAAGGCGCAAGCUACGAAGCUCGAGUCAGAGCUUACUCGUCUUGGCUUCGAGCCUGGCAAAGAGGAGCAGAUCUACCAAGAAAAGUCUCAAUUACAGCGAGACAUCCGCGAUCUUCGCCAACGGGCUGAUGGCUUCCGACGGAAGGCUGCUAACAUCGAUUUCAAUUAUACCGACCCCCAUCCAAAUUUUGAUCGUUCAAAGGUAAAGGGAUUGGUCGCUCAGUUGUUCGUCCUGAACAAGGAUCAAGUUCCAGCUGCGACUGCGCUGGAAAUCUGUGCUGGUGGACGUCUAUACAAUGUUGUUGUAGACUCUGCCGAGACCGGUACUCAGUUGCUCCAAAAAGGCAAGCUGCGCAAGCGUGUUACAAUUAUUCCUUUGAACAAGAUUUCCGCAUUCAAGGCAUCUGCUGAAAAGAUUGGAGCCGCCCAGAACAUUGCCCCUGGCAAGGUAGAUUUGGCUUUGUCUUUGAUUGGGUAUGAUGACGAGGUGCUUGCGGCCAUGAACUACGUAUUCGGCAACACCCUCAUCUGUCAGGAUGCCGACACAGCUAAGAAGGUCACCUUCGAUCCUUCUGUGCGGAUGAAGAGUGUGACCCUUGAAGGAGAUGUCUACGACCCAUCGGGUACUCUUUCUGGUGGAAGCUCUCCAAACUCAAGCGGUGUUCUUGUGACUCUGCAAAAACUCAAUGAGAUCACUAAAGAAUUGAGAAGCAAGGAACGUCAGCUUGCUUCUUUGGAAGAAAACAUGAACAAGGAGAGGAAGAAGCUUGAUGCAGUUCGGUCCAUCAAACAGGACCUGGAUCUUAAAACUCAUGAGAUCAAACUCACUGAAGAGCAAAUCAACAACAACUCUUCUUCUUCGAUUAUUCAAGCCGUUGAAGAAAUGCGAGCGAAUAUUGAGCAGCUGAAGCAGGAUAUCGCCGAUGCGAAAACACGCCAAGCCGAAGCAUCUAAAGAUAUCAAGCGGAUUGAGAAGGACAUGAGCGAGUUCAAUAACAACAAAGACAGCAAGUUGGAAGAGCUUCAGAACUCAUUAAAUUCUCUUAAAAAGGCUCUCACCAAGAACUCUGCUUCAGUGAAAGAGCUCCAGAAAGAGCUGCAAUCAUCUCGCCUAGACUCUGAACAGGUCGGAAGCGAUCUUUCAGCGGCCGAGGAGCAACUUGCCGAGACAGAGAACACCCUCCAGGCUCAGGUGGAGGAAAUUGAAUCUUUGAAGCGAGAGCAGACACGACUCAAAGAUGCUCACGAUAUUGCUCAGGCACAGCUUGAGGAUGAGAGAGCUAAGUUGACUGGAUUUGACGAUGAAAUGCGCGAGCUUGAGCGUACAAUCAAAUCAAAGUCAUCUCAGAUCACCGAGGAAGGCCUGGAGAUGCAAAAGCUGGGCCACCAGCUCGAAAAACUUCAAAAGGACCAACAUACCGCUUCGCAAGCGGUGGCCCAUAUGGAGCAAGAACAUGAGUGGAUUGCGGAUGAGAAGGACCAGUUCGGCCGCCCGAAUACUCCAUAUCACUUCCAGAAUUCGAACAUUGCGGAGUGCAAGGCAACCCUGCGUAACCUGACAGAACGUUCCCAAGGAAUGAAGAAGAAGAUCAACCCGAAGGUUAUGAACAUGAUCGAUAGCGUUGAGAAGAAGGAGGCUGCUCUGAAGAACAUGAUGAGGACUGUCAUUCGCGACAAGAGCAAGAUCGAAGAAACUAUCCUCAAUCUGAACGAGUACAAGAAAGAGGCCCUUCACAAGACGUGGGUCAAGGUCAAUGGAGACUUUGGACAGAUCUUCGCCGAACUUUUGCCAGGUAGCUUUGCUAAGCUUGACCCGCCUGAGGGCAAGGAUAUCACCGACGGUCUAGAAGUCAAGGUAUCUUUGGGUAAGGUCUGGAAGCAGAGUUUGACAGAAUUGAGUGGUGGACAAAGGUCUCUUAUUGCAUUGUCUUUGAUCAUGGCCCUCUUGCAAUUCAAGCCCGCUCCCAUGUACAUUCUCGAUGAGGUUGAUGCGGCCUUGGAUUUGUCUCACACACAGAACAUUGGACGACUCAUCAAGACUCGAUUCAAGGGAUCUCAGUUCAUCGUCGUCUCACUUAAGGAUGGCAUGUUCCAGAAUGCCAAUCGCAUCUUCCGCACACGCUUCAGUGAGGGUACUAGUAUCGUUCAGGCGCUGACCCCUGCCGAUAUGAAGUAA